AUGUCUUCUCCCACGUAUCCCAUCACCGGUAUCACGGCUGGUGGCAUUCAGCCGCGACAGGAGGUCAAUGCCUGGGCCGCUCAGAAUACGAUCCAGCUAUCGAUCGCUCUUCGUCCAGGCCCUUCGCGUCUUCGAGAGCAUGGACACCAACGACCAGCUGUCUUGCUUUCGUGUGGCUGGACUCCAUGGCCUCCCUGCCACGUCGUGGGACAGCGACCCGCUUCUUCUCGACGUGAUCAAGAAUUACCUGCCACACACCGUGCCUACAUGCUCCUCUUUGAGCAGCGUUUGUGGGAGAUCAUGACAAACCAGAUUGUGGCCCCGAUCACGGACCCUUACACCAAGGCGCAAUGGUUGCAGGAGGCCAAUGCCUGGCGCAUGCCGAAGCUUCGGGGCCUCUUGUCCUCACAGUUGAGAAAGACCUCAGGAACGAGCAGAUGGGGUGUCGGCAACCCGAUAGACGGCAAGCUCACGCCCCAGGAGGUCUCGGGGGUUCAGCACAACGACUUGGUUGGGGAGGCCUUGAAGAACCCCCAGUUUGGGAUCAUUGGCUGGACCGUUGCCAAGGGCGAUAUCGCUGAUCAAUUCGCCACCACCGCCGAUGCCAACCAGGGACCCGCUGUGUUCUUGUCACUCGAGAUGAUCCACAACGACAUCCACGUCUUUGUCGGUGGCUUGGGCUAUACUCGCAACCCUACAGUACCCGACAAGACCCAGUCGGGAACCACAUACGAGUAUGGCCACAUGACCGACCUCGGCUUUGCAGAUUUCGACCCCAUCUUCUGGCUCCAUCACAGCAACGUCGACCGUCAGCUGGCAAUCUACCAGAAGCUGGGUUUCACGCCAUGGUGGUCUGGCAGGAACCCAAACCAGGACCCGACCGCAGAUGCACCAAUCUUCCCGUUCCACACGGACGCGAAGGCCAGCCACUUCAACUCAAGUAUACUUGAAAACUGGGAGAACUAUGGCUACACCUACGGCGACUUCGCUCCGGCGCCCGGGUCGAACACGCCCAUAUCACCCGCCGACUUGAAGAGGGCCAUGACCAAGAAAUACAGCGCCCUCCGGACCAUGCACAGGAACGUCUCCGGCCAAAAGAUCGCCGGCCUGGACAACGAAUUCAUCAUCAACGUCCUCUACAACCGUUUCGCCCUCGGCGGCUGCAGCUACGACAUACACUUCUUCGUCGGCGCGGCCGCCAACAUCCCUUCGUCGCCGACAGACUACCUCUCGAGCCCCCACCAUGUGGGAAGCAUCCACACGUUCUCUAAGAACUGGAGCGAGAGCAGCGUCACGUGUGAGAACUGCAAGACACAGGAGAGUGGCAAUCGGCUGUUAAAGGGCCAGGUGCCCGUCACUCUGCAGCUGCUGCAGCGUGCCGUGAACCAAGACGCGAGAUGGAACGGUAUCCAGCACUUCGGAGAAGACCAUGUUGUCGAAUAUCUAAAAGACAAUCUGCACCAGCGAGUUGUGUCUGUGUCUGGGGAGUCGAUUCCCGUCGAAAACCUGGCCGAUCUCAAGGUGUUCUUCUUGAAGGGCAAGGCUAUACAUCCGGAGAACCCCGACGACCCGUCGAUUUACUCCGACUACGAGGAGAAGUGGGAAACAGCCACACUCACUGUCGAACUGUUGACGAGAUGUGACAGGCUCCUGGAAUACGAGCUCAUCGGACGGGUCUCUCGCCUCGGCGCUCGAUGGAUAGCCGAUCACCGCAAGGCCCUGUUGGUCUGCAAGGGGAGCCGCUUCAUGCUGUCCCGCGUUGAGGAUCUGGCCCGCAAUGUCCAGUCAGACAUUGCGUGGUUGAACGCCGCUGUGACCCAGCUGUACGAGGCGCUGCGGAAGUUGAACAGCAACAGGCUAGGAGAGGCCGACGUAAUGGGUCUCGAGCUCGAGGUCGUCACCAUAGCCGAGGAGUACUGGGCGCAUCUAGUCGAGCGUUCAGCAGCGCCCUGGUCGGGAUUUCCCUUCAUCCUAGGCAACACACUAUUACUUAGGCCAUUAUCCCUUGUUGUCGUCGGCUUGUUCGUUCGCGGCGCAGCGUUCCAUGACACGCAUUCGCCAUUGGAGGUCAAGCUUGGACACUUGGAUCAACAGGCCGCGCAUGCUCGCGAGAAUCCUCAUGUCCUCCUCCUUCUGAAUCUUCUUGUCUUCCGCGACAGCCUAUUGAUACGGGAAACGCUGUACGUCAAGAAGCAGCUGUUGCAGUUGUUGCUAAUGCUGCUGCUUCUGUGUCGGCGGCUGACUCCAGAUGUUGCGGAACUGCUCAUGUUGGCUUGA